GCCAUCAUGGCGGCCGCCAUGGCGGCGGCUGCGAGCGGCGGCUCCGUGGGCUCCGUGACCUCCGUGACGCGGCGGCUGCUGCGGCUGCGGGGACCGGCGCGGGGGCUCGGCGGGGCCGCGGCAGAGGAGCCCGAGGCGGCCCCGGUGAACGUGGUGUUCGUGGAUCGCUCCGGGCGGGAGGUGCCGGUUCGGGGCCGGGUCGGGGACAACGUCCUGCACCUCGCCCAGAGACACGGCCUGGAGCUCGAGGGCGCCUGCGAGGCCUCCCUGGCCUGUUCCACCUGCCACGUUUACAUCAGUGACCCCCACCUGGGGCGGCUUCCACCCCUGACGAGGGAGGAGGAUCUGCUGGACCAGGCCCCUCUGCUGCAGGAGAACUCCCGGCUGGGCUGUCAGGUCCUGCUCAGCCCCGCCCUGGAGGGGGCUCGGAUCGGCCUCCCCCGCCUCACCAGGAACUUCUACGUGGAUGGCCACGUGCCCAAACCACACUGAGCCCCCCCCGGGGCAGGAGGGACCCCCAAAAAGGAUGGACCUCCCCCCAAAAGGAGGGACACCCCCUGAAAGGAGAGAUCCCCCCGAAAGGAUGGACACCCCCCCAAAAGGAGGGACCCCCCCCUGAAAGGAUGGACCCCCCCCAAAAGGAUGGACACCCCCAAAAAAGAUGGACCCCCCCUGAAAGGAUGGACCCCUUCAGAAAGGAUGGACACCCCCAAAAAGGAUGGACACCCCCCCAGAAGGAUGGACACCCCUGAAAGGAGGGACACCCCCAAAAAGGAUGGACCCCCCUGAAAGGAGAGAUCCCCCUUGAAAGGAUGGACACCCCCUGAAAGGAGAGACCCCCCAAAAGGAUGGACAGCCCUCUAAAGGAUGGACACCCCCAAAAAGGAGAGACCCC